AUGGCGAACAACUUUGACAUGAACGAUAUGACCGUUGAACAACUUAUGGCACUUAGUGAGAUAAUCGAUGACAGCGACUAUGAAGGAAAUCUUGAGGAUGAAGUGAAUAAAAUCUCGGAGGAUAAGUUCUACCGUGUUGCACCUAAGGACAAGGGAGAGAACAUCUUCGCGGAAGAGAAACUAUUCAUCGAUGAAGGCGAUAGAGCUACGGAUCCCAAAAGGCCAAGAAGACUCCCACUGAACUACAAGGGUAAGAGAGGAAUAAUGCCAACAUGGAAAUAUUCCGAGAGGCAGAAGGCAAAGGCUUUACUAGUUGAGGAAGCGUAUCAGAGCCUACUAAGUAGAGGAGUUGAAGGUCUACCACCAACAAUGGGAGGUAGAUGGAGAACGGACGAUCCUCAGGUAAACGCGGAGAUGAAGAGGCUCGAAAACCUUAGAAAUCCCAAGCGUUCUAGAGGUAGACCACAAAAGGUCAAGGUUGAUGGUGAAGUAACCCCCAAAAGAAGGGGUAGACCACCAAAGGCCGCGGUAGCCGAAACUAAAGAAGUUAAGGUUGCCAAAAGGAGAGGUAGACCACCAAAGGCUAAGGCGGUUGAAACUCGAGAAGUUACGGUUCCCAAGAGAAGAGGUAGACCACCUAAGGCUAGAAGACAGACUGUCGCAGAAAGGUUCGUAAGCCAGGGCCGGAUAAAACUCUCGGUUCCUACGAACAGUGUCAUAACACAGGUGGGACCAAAUAAGUUCACGGUGACAGUGGAUCUCAGUAGAAAACCUACAAGGAAAGCUCCUGAGGUGCCAAAAGGUGUGACUCCAUGGAAACCUGUUCCCAAGCCUAGAACUGUUCUUCCUAAGGAAAUACCUGUUCCUAAACCUAGAAUUAAAAUUCCUAAUGAAAGACCUAUUCCUAAGCCAAGGACUAAAAAACCAGUGCCUCCUCCAAAGUUACGAAAGCCUGCAAGGGUGACUAGGGAAGUUGUGGAGCAGCCUGUGGUGGUUACACCUGAGGAACAUGAAAUCGAUCCAUUUGGAACAUACCUCGAUAAGCCAUACUACAGGAAAAUAGAAACUGCCGCAAAUGGAGCAGCUGUGACCUACUCAAUAACCCCAAACUAUAUGGACCCACUGGACCAGAUGACAGCAA